GGAAACAGGUCAGUUCAAAGGCCCUUCCUGGGGACAUCUGGUACAGAGCUUCUUGGAGAUCUUCAAGGUCCAAGCCAUCUGAUCCACUUGAGUACAUGAGUGACAAAAUCCUGCCAGGGAUCACCCAGCCAUUUCUUUGGAACUUUACUAAUGAGUUGCUGGUUAACUACCCCUUUGGUACACGUCAACAGCGGAAGCUCUUUCCUCACCACCACCCCCCAAACUUGUUGGGGAACAAGUUUCUUCCUCUUCGAGGAGCGCCCCACAGAGGGCCAGGAUGUUACAUUGCAGAAGAUGUAUAUGGAUUGGCAUACAACCUCUCUAAGAUCCCGACCAGUAGAAAAGGAUAUACUUUUGGUGCCAGAACAGCUGAGAGGUUUAAGGAAAUCAACAAGGACAUGAUGCUUUACCCCGGCAUGUACCAGGCUGCAAAUCCUCAGGAGCAAAUACACAAACAAAAUUUUGCUCCAUUUAAUGCCUUGUUGCCUCGAUUUAGGACAUACUCAAAGGGCAGUUAUUAUCCUGGCCCUGGCACAUACAACCCGCAGGUGAAGCCACCCCCCAAAAUCACCUGGCCAAUGAAAUUUGGAUCUCCAGACUGGGCUCAGAUUCCAUGUCUACAGAAAAGAACCCUAAAAGCUGAGUUGUCCACCGACAAGGACUUCAGAAAGCACCGGAACCGUGUGGCCUACCUAAGCCUGUUUUACAAUUGAGGAGCUGUGACCACCUUCACGUGCUCCUCCGGACCAUAGAUCCAGGACUGAGGACAGAGCUGCUCUUCGCCCCCCCGCACUGCCCUGCUCUCUUGUCUGCCAGCAUGGGGCCCAGGGAGGGAAGGGGCUCAUCACUACUGUGUGAGAACAGAAAGGCUACAUCAGA